UCAUUUGUGAUCCGAGCACUCUGAGUAGUGUCCGUGUCCUAGUCCUCGGUUGAUUUUCGUAUUUCUGUUGCCAGCCUCGAAAGACAUUCACUCAAAAUUUGGGGAGAUCUGCAUUGGACACACGCAGAUACGAGAAUACACAACUGCAUAUACAUAUAUGUAAAUCGAAACCAGAGGAAGAGGUGGUGUAAUUAUUAAUUUCACUAAUGGCACUCGUUGUGAAGAAAGAUGAUGAUCGCGACGAGGAAGGUGAGUACUCCCCUUUUCAUGGACUUGAGAAGGGAGCAGUUCUUCAAGAAGCUAGAGUUUUUAAUGACCCUCAGCUGGAUCCAAGAAGAUGUUCGCAGGUCAUCACAAAAUUGCUCUAUCUUCUGAAUCAGGGGGAGUCAUUUACAAAGUUUGAAGCCACAGAUGUUUUCUUUGCUGUAACUAAGCUAUUCCAGUCAAAAGAUCUUGUUUUAAGGAGAAUGGUAUAUUUGAUGAUAAAGGAACUCUCCCCCUCAGCUGACGAGGUUAUUAUUGUUACUAGCUCUCUUAUGAAGGACAUGAACAGUAAGACUGAUAUGUAUCGGGCAAAUGCUAUCCGUGUUCUCUGUCGCAUCACUGAUGGCCCUCUUCUCACACAAAUUGAGAGAUACCUGAAGCAAGCUAUUGUUGACAAAAACCCUGUAGUUGCAAGUGCAGCCCUUGUUAGUGGAAUCCAUUUGCUGCAGACUAACCCAGAAAUUGUGAAAAGGUGGACUAAUGAGGUGCAGGAGGCGGUUCAAUCAAGGGCUGCUCUUGUACAGUUUCAUGCACUUGCACUGCUCCACAAGAUACGACAAAAUGAUCGAUUGGCUGCAAGCAAGCUGGUUACAAGCUUAACUAGGGGAACUGUCCGCUCACCUUUGGCCCAGUGCCUCUUAAUUCGUUAUAGUAGUCAGGUCAUCAGAGAAGCAACUGUGAAUAACCAAACUGGUGAUCGACCUUUCUAUGACUACCUUGAAAGUUGUCUUCGUCACAAAGCAGAAAUGGUUAUCUUUGAAGCUGCUAGGGCAAUAACAGAGUUGAAUGACGUGAGUAGUCGGGAAUUAACUCCAGCAAUUACUGUUAUACAACUCUUUUUAAGUUCUUCCAAGCCAGUACUUCGAUUUGCUGCUGUCCGUACUUUAAACAAGGUGGCUAUGACCCGUCCUCUUGCUGUGGCUAACUGUAAUAUAGAUAUGGAGAGCUUGAUUUCUGACCAGAAUAGAAGCAUUGCCACUCUUGCUAUCACCACGCUGUUAAAAACAGGCAAUGAAUCAAGUGUUGAUCGUUUAAUGAAACAAAUAACUAGUUUUAUGUCCGACAUUGCUGAUGAAUUCAAGAUAGUUGUAGUGGAAUCUAUUAGGUCUCUGUGUCUAAAGUUCCCUCUAAAGUACAGAGCUCUGAUGAGUUUCUUGAGCAAUAUACUAAGGGAAGAAGGUGGGUUUGAGUAUAAGAAAGCUAUAGUUGACUCGAUCGUGAUCGUAAUAAGGGACAUCCCAGAUGCAAAAGAAAGUGGCUUGCUUCACCUUUGUGAAUUUAUUGAGGACUGUGAAUUUACAUAUCUUUCGACGCAGAUUCUACACUUUCUCGGAAAUGAGGGUCCAAAAACCUCCGACCCAAGCAAAUACAUUAGGUAUAUCUACAACAGAGUGAUACUCGAAAAUGCAACUGUUCGGGCCAGUGCUGUAAGCACAUUGGCUAAGAUUGGUGCUAUGGUUGAUUCCCUUAAACCACGCAUUUUUACUUUGUUGAGGCGCUGUCUUUAUGACAGUGAUGAUGAGGUUCGUGAUAGAGCUACACUGUAUAUCAGCACACUUGAAGGUGAUGGCACAGUUGUUGAAAGUGAUAAAGAUGUGAAGGAAUUUCUCUUUGGAUCACUUGAUGUACCACUUGUCAACUUGGAAUUAAGUUUGAAGAACUAUGAACCUUCUGAAAAACCUUUUGAUGUGAAUUCUGUUCCCAAGGAGGUUAAAUCUCAGCAACUUGCAGAGAAGAAAGCAGCAGGAAAAAGGGUCACUGGUCUAGAUGCACCACCGGCUCCUACAUCCACAAUUGAUACGUAUGAAAAGCUACUGUCCUCUAUCCCAGAGUUUUCUGGCUUCGGGAAGCUUUUCAAGUCCUCAGCACCAGUGGAGCUGACAGAAGCUGAAACGGAGUAUGCAGUUAAUGCAGUUAAGCACAUAUAUGACAGGCAUGUGGUAGUUCAAUACAAUUGCACGAAUACAAUCCCUGAGCAGCUAUUGGAAAAUGUUUCGGUUAUUGUGGAUGCUUCUGAAGCUGAACAAUUUUCUGAAGUAGGGGUCAAGCCUUUAAGUUCCCUUCCAUACAAUUCACCAGGGCAGACAUUUGUAGCGUUUGAGAAACGGGAAGGUGUCACUUCUGUUGGAAAAUUUUCAAACGUUUUGAGAUUUAUUGUCAAAGAGGUUGAUCCCUCUUCUGAAGAAGUGGAUGAUGAUGGUGUAGAAGACGAGUACCAGUUGGAAGACCUUGAGGUUGUUGCAGCAGAUUACAUACUAAAAGUGGGGGUCUCCAAUUUCAGAAAUGCCUGGGAAAGCAUGGACCCAGAUACAGAAAGAGUUGAGGAGUACGGUCUUGGUACACGGGAAAGCUUAGGAGAAGCUGUUAGUGUUGUGAUGGACCUUCUCGGUUUGCAGCCUUGCGAGGGUACAGAAGUCAUUCCAAACAAUGCUAGAUCACACACAUGUUUAUUAUCUGGCAUAUACAUAGGAAAUGUGAAGGUACUAGUUCGAUUGUCAUUUGGCAUUGUUGGACAUAAAGAGGUGGCAAUGAAGCUCGCUGUUAGAUCUGAUGAUAUUUCUGUCAGUGAUGCCAUUCAUGAAAUAGUAGGCAGCGGUUAGCUGGUGAUGUUGAUCCCGGAAAUUGCUCUAGUUAACCUCUACCUAUAUGCACAUGGAGCUAACGGGUAAUUUCAUGCCUAGUGAAUUAUGAAGAGUUUUGAGCACAAAUAAUUAGUUUCAGAGGAAGAUGUCUGGAACACCUAAAUUCAAGACGAAAUAUAUUUUUCUUUGGAUAUACAAAAGUUUCUGUUGUGCAUGUAACACCUUUGGUGAUCUGAUAUUUAUAAUUUGAACUACUUGGUUAUCAAUAUGAAGGUCAAUUAUAAGAUUCAA